CUCUCGUCUCUGGAGCAUAUCCAUUCACACAACUACAUUCAUGGUGAUAUCAAACUACAAAAUACCCUUCAAACUGUUUUUAUUGUUGAUUUUGGUAUUACCAAGGAGUACUGGAAUACUGCCACCCAAGCCCACAUGCCAUUUCGCCAUGGUGGACAUCUUACUGGCACUCCUGCAUUUGUGUCAAUCAAUAAUCACCUGGGGGUUGUGCCUGGUUGUCAUGACGAUCUGGAGUCACUCAUAUACAUGUUGAUUUAUUUCUUACAUGGUUCCCUUCCAUGG